CAAGUUUGCGAUCAUUGUUUGUCAUAGAGACUAACUUUGACAUGAGUUCGUUGUCUCAGGCCUUCCCAACUACAACUCCUACUCUGAAUCCGACUCCUGACAAUAUAGAAGGAGGUGCACCCUUUUCUUCCAUCCCUCUCAAAUGCUACACCAAAGUGAUUCCCAACACCGAAAAGGUGGGCUUCAAUUCCCAGGCAAAGAGAUUUCAAUACCCUGAGAAUGAAAAUCCAGGGCCCGGACUUUAUAAUAUCAUCCAUCAAUCUAUGCUUCUUGACAAUGUCUCCCAGUCUCGGAAAGGAACCUGUUUUUUCCCUUCCUUGGAUGUCCGGAUUGCUCACCAGAGAAUACCCAACUAUCCUGCUUCAAAUGCCUAUGACAUCUCACCUACUUUUCAUUCCAAGAAAGACUUCAGCUUGGGGUAUUCUAGCAUGUUUCAUCCACCAUUCGCCACCAGGAAGAUUGCCAGAAAGACCGGGCCAGCCCCCAACCAAUACAAUGUUGCAGUGGAUCUUUGCAAACAGAACUAUAAACUUGGUGCCAAGUCUGUCUUCUCAUCAAAAACAAAACGGACCAUGUCAUGUAGCAGCAAGGAACCAGUGCCUUCUCCAUGUCACUACCGAAUUAAAGACUCCCUGAUCAGGGUGUCUCCUCCAGUGUUGGUGUCCUGCUUUAGAUCCAAAACAGGUCGUACAAUCGAUCCAGAAACUCUGAGCCCAGGACCAGCAGCCUAUCAGCAGGCGGUGGAAACUCCAAUUGGACCAUCAAAGAGGUUCUCUGGACUGAGAAAGUGCGUCUUGAAUUUCUCGGCCCCAGCUAUCCCACCCCCCCAAAAUCCACCUUUACCAGGGCCCGGCCAAUAUGACAUAGUGGACUAUAGAGGACCUCCUAAGCACUACAUCUCCAGUGCUGUAUUUGUUUCGAACACCAAACGCUGGACAGGUGAUAAAUUCCACAAAGGCAUACCUGGACCAGGAACUUACACCCUCCCUAUUCCAGGAAAACAAUCCUUCAUGUACAACAUCAGCAACAAAUGGGUGCCGGUAUUAUAAAGCAAGAGA